UGGGGUCCGGCCGGGGCGGAGGUGGGCUCGGAGUCCAUGGCCCCCGAUCCCCAGGCCCGCGGGGCGGAGCCCGCCGGGUCCGAGUCGCGGCUGGACGCGGUGCUGCGGAGCCUCUACGACCUGGGAGAGACAGAAGAUGAGCAGAAGAGAACCAGGAAGAAGAAAGGAAACAAGAAGGGAGACGUGGAGGCCGUCCCAGCCACAGCCGCAGAGCCGCAGCCUCCACCUGGGCCUCUGGGGAGAGGCCAGAGGAAGAGUGCUUCCAGCUUCUUCAAGGAGCUCAAGGAAGAGCUGCGCUCUGCUCCCCCCGGCGCUCUCCCAGCGCCUCCUGCAGGGCCGGAAGUCCCUGCUGCUGCCCUGCGCUCGCCCACGCCCCCAGAGACCCACAGCAAACGAGUGGAAGUGGUGGAGUUCCACAGCAGAAGUAAAAAAAGAAAACCGAAGACAGACCCAGAGGAGGGCACCAAGAAUAAAACCAGUGUCCUAGAGAAGUAUGUAGAUAUUCAAGAAUUUAACCUAGAAAAGGCUCGUUUGGAAGUGCACCGCUUUGGGAUCACAGGUUAUGGCAAAGGGAAGGAAAGAGUCCUGGAACAGGAGCGGGCCAUCAUGCUGGGGGCUAAGCCUCCCAAAAAGAGUUAUGUGAAUUACAAGGUUUUGCAGGAGCAAAUCAAAGCAAAAAAGGCUGCAGAGGAGGAAGCAAGGAGAGCGGCUCAGGACACAGAGGUUUUCAAGAGAAAGAAGAGGAAAGGGCAGGAAGACAGGAGGUCCAAGAAGUCGGCUCCCAGUAUUUUGUCGAGUGGACGGAUUGGACAGGUUGGGAAAUUCAAGAAUGGGACACUGAUUCUGAGCCCAGGUGAUAUCAAGAAAAUCAAUUCUUCCAGAGUGGCGAAGUGAAGUGUCACUGCAAGGAGGAACAUGGACAAGUGGCAUGCAACACUGGGCCCUGCCCACUUCAGGCUGUUGGUUCAUGUUUUGCACACUUGACUUCAUUUGAGGAGAGUGAUGCAGACAACCCUCCUCACUGUUCACAUGUGGGUGCUGGUACUGAGCACUGGCCACUGCUCAGGCUUCCCUCCUGUGGUCUGGUCCUUGGUUUUGGCCACAUUUGUUUGUAAUACACUCUCAUAAAUGAUAGUGAUUGACAUUAAA